AUGCCGCUGGAGGCUUCUCGGAGGUGGAUUAUCGUGCCGAGCACGAUUCCGACUCCUAGGGCUUGCAAUAUGUUGGUGACGAGCAAUUGUUUUGUUCUAUUGAAUUCAGUAGCAUACUCAAUUUCAGACAAAUUUCGUAGGGGUGUAGAAGCUGGAUCUGAUAGAAUUAGGAGGUUCAAGGGAUCAAUAAGAUCUUUCUCUUUGAAGAGGUUUUUGACAGAUGAUGAGGGACCUAGGAGGAAAACUCUUGAUCCUCAAGGACCAUUUCUUCAGAAAUGGAACAAGAUUUUUGUCUUGUCUUGUCUGAUUGCUAUCUCCUUGGAUCCCUUGUUUUUCUACAUUCCUAUUAUCAAUGGAGAAAAGAAAUGCCUUGAUUUGGACGAGAAAUUGGAGAUUGUUGCUAGCAUUCUACGAUCUUUUACGGAUAUCUUUUAUCUCACACAUAUUAUUUUCCAAUUUCGUGCCUGUUUCAUUGAUCCUUAUUCACGUGUAUUUGGAAGAGGAGUCCUAGUUGAAGAUUCCUGGAAAAUAGCAAAAAGAUAUCUCACAUCAUACUUUAUAAUUGAUAUUCUCACAGUUCUUCCACUUCCGCAGAUUGCAAUUCUCAUCAUCAUUCCAAAGAUGAGGGGAGCAAGAUCUUUGAACACCAAGAAUUUGUUGAAAUUUGUGGUUUUAUUUCAAUAUAUACCAAGGGUUCUCCGGGUCUAUCCUCUGUAUAAAGAAGUCACAAGAACUUCUGGCAUACUUACUGAAACAGCAUGGGCUGGAGCUGCCUUCAACCUUUUCCUUUACAUGCUUGCCUGUAAGUCUAUCUAA